UACAGCAUUCCAACGAUUUGCCCCCCCACCGCCAUCGUGAAAGAGAGGGCUGUCUGUUCGGGUACAGUACCGGUAUGCCGUAUGCCAGUUUUGGUAUGAUAUGGCAUGACACCGGUAUUCCCGGCACUCGGAUAUACUUGAACGGCCGGAUUGAAACUGGGAACUUUGUAUGGGAAUCCUUCGAGCAGCCGAACCACGCACUUGUACCGGUACGUGAUUCGGUUUACGAGGAUUAUCAACCCCAAGUUAUCACCAUUGAUCUCCAAGUUAGAAAGUGCUGUUUUUUGAAGUUAAUCUCUCCGAUUACCGUAUCAUACUAUGGCAAGACAAUUCUAGCCCAACGCCCAGAUCUCGAAAAGUUUGUAUCAUACGUCAUCAUAUCACACACAAAGUCCUGUGGUAUCACAGGUUACGACAGAGCAUCCUAUGAUACAGCAUUUAACAAGGCUUCUGCCCUCCCCCGACUCGGAGCACAGGGUUACCAUACCCCCCCUUUUUCGAAGUCCAACCCUUCAACCCCUCAACCCCAAGCUCACCAUCCACACGCACACCGCUGAUCUAUAAUAUCAUACAACCUCGCCCAGCUUUACCACCCACGAACCCGCCACCCCAAGUACAAAAACAUCCUGCAUUGCUUCCCGCCAACUUUACCUACCAUGCCUUCCGGACCUUUGAACUUGGGAGAUCUCCGUGGGUCUUCCUCCUGUAGCUUUUGACCAUGACAAGAUGCUGAACUACAACCUUUAGCCAGCGAGAUCCUGGAUCGUAUCCUCGAUUAUGUUGGGUACAAGGGAGCCGUUAGCCUCGCGGGGACGUCGGUAUCGUUCAUCCUCCCUCUUGUUAUGCACGUGCCUCGAACUGAAAACUCCUCAGAAAGGUUUCUACAACACUCUGUACGACGAAGAGACCGGCUACUGGAAACGCGAGGCCCGGAGGGUCUUCAAGACUCCUCACGUCGAUAGCCUUAUCAAUAAGGUUCCUUGGCAGCAUCUCUUCCGGGGUAUGGCUAAGGCCCACGUGUACACGUGGGGCCAGGAUACCGAUGGAAAACUUGGACAUGAUCGGUCACCACCGAGGCAUUACAUGCGGUCCCCGUAUUCGGUAGCAGUGCCUUUCGAGAUACUGAGGUUAAGGAGCAAGUUUGUGGUGGACAUAGUCGCCGGGUGGGUAUUUCUCCAUAUUUCACUUAACAGGCAUGGGGACGGUCGCACUAAGAUCUGACAAUAGAGGUUGGAGCACGAGCUUCCUCACCUCGGAUGGGCAUGUCUAUGUCUCUGGUUGUCUGGGCCGUGAGCCAGACUCCACUGCCGAGAUCAAAUUCCCAGAACCGAUUUUUCAACUCUCUUCCGGGCGUGGCCACCUCAUUGCACUGUCCAACAAGGGGCGUGUAUACACUUGCGUAAACAAGACACAAGGAGUACAGCGCGUGGACUUCUGUGUUACGGUUAAUGAUUCCGAUCCCGGGUAUCUGACACCCGACAAGAUCGGAAAGGUUGCAGAAGAUAUAGGGUGGGCCAAAAAGGUUGUUGGGGGGUGGGACUGCUGUGCUGCACUGAUAUCCGGUAUUGGGAUCGUGGUCUGGGAACCAUCAGACCUCGGUGAGGCGGAUGCAAUGUGCUACAGGCCCAGUAUGAGAAUUAUAAAUGGCACCGACUACCUAGAAAAGCCUCCAAAGGGUAUUCCAGCAGAGGCUUUAGCAAAAGUCCGAAAACAUGGGAGCAUUGGAGAGAUUAUAGACUUUGUUCUAGGGGAGGGGUACUUGGUUUUCCUCACGAUUACUGGAAAGGUCUUUGCAAUGCGUGGAUUCGAUCAGGAGGCGCCUGUUGAGCUCGUGCACUUCUCCUCACCGGAAGGACAGUCGCCUGUGAACCGCAUCUCGGGCAAUUUUCGCAGGUUUGCGGUGUUCAAUAAAGAGGGGGUGGUGCGUGUGGGAGACGUUGAUAUUGUGAGCAACAACGUUAAGGGCAAAGCCGAAGGGAUAAAGCCCAUCGGGAGACCUGAUUUUACUGGCUACAAAAUCGUUGAUAUAGCAUUUGGCGACUAUCAUGGGCUAGCGCUCACAGACGAGGGGAGGAUUCUCUCGUGGGGUACUGAGAGCCAGAUGUGCGGCUCCCUGGGUCUUGGAGAUCGGUUGCCGGGAAUGGGCGGACGGGGGUUUGCCGACUUGGAAGUUACCGAACCCGAAGUGGUUUCUUUCCGGCCCCCAGGGCAAGGUAUGGGGCUUUCUUUUCUGCGGCAUGUAACUCUUACCAGUGCUAAACAACAGGUGCAGCAAGCAUUGAAGGCGAGGAUAAAACAAAGUAUUACGCCUUUAAUAUCGCGGCUGCUGGAUGGCAUUCCGGUGCCUUGGUGCUUGGGUUGGAUGAGGACUACGCUCAGGAAGGAAAUAGGGCUCCCGAGGGUAGCGUCUCUGAGGCAUAUGAUGAACCCACCCAAACCCCGGACCUACCUGACUGGGUAUUUGACCCAAGGACUCUCAGUAAUGGCGGUAGAGAGCGGGGGCACCGCGGCAUCAGAGGGGUAACUGGCACCAGCUUCUCAGCGAGGGGAAGUAUGUCUCGAGGUGGGCCUGUCAGGAGUGGCCUUCAGGGUCAUUCGCUCUUCUUGCCGAGCAGACCUGCACGGCCACAGGAGCGCCAACGUUAG